AUGGCUGGCUCGGCCCCUGCGGGCGUCAUCCUGGCAUGUAUUUUGGCUCUUUGUGGUGUCCACCAGGCGGCUGGAAAUGUCAAGUUUGUGAUUUUGCAUUUCAAUGACUUCCACGCGCACAUUGAGGGGGAUACGGAGUGGCACGCCCCUUGCGACCAGUGGGCAAAGGACCAAGGUAGAUGUCACGGCGGAAUUGCUCGCCUGAAGGCAGCAAUUGAGGCGGAGCGCAAAAAGGGACUCCCUGUUCUGGUGCUCAAUGCGGGGGACGAUUUCAUUGGGACACACUGGGAUUACGUCUACAAGGGCGAACCCACAGCUGUGCUCAUGAACCAGCUGGGGAUCACUGUCGCGGCGGCGGGCAACCACGACUUCGACCACGGGGUGGAUUACCUCACUCAGCACGUCAAGAAGCUGAACUACCCAUUCAUCAGCGCCAAUCUCAACCCCAAUGGGCACGAGAUUGGAAAUUACAUCAAGCCGUACAUCGUCACGCAAGUCCGCGGAAAGAAGGUGGGUAUAUGCGCUGUGACCACAGAGUCCACCAACUCGAUUUCCCACCCAGGGCCCGCUUACGUGGAGGACCAUUACUGGAAGGCCCGCGAGUGCGUGGACAAGAUCAGGGACGUCGAAGGUGUCAACAUUAUCAUCAUGCUGAGUCACGAAGGGUUCGAAGCUGAUCGCUCCAUGGCGAGAGAGAUACGCGGACUCGACAUAGUCGUGGGAGGGCACAGCCAUGCGAUGCUCUGCAGCGGAGAGUGCCCCGCCAUGUCUUGGGACGGUGGUCAUGCCAAUACAGAUGGGGCAUGGGGAGAGUACCCGACAUGGGAGUGGAACCAUGCCAACAACGGCAAGGUACCUGUGGUGCAGGCAGGAUUCGCCUCAAGGUAUUUGGGUCGCCUGGAGGUGGAAUUUGAUGACAAAGGCGACCUCGUGACCGCCGACGGCCGAGUGCUGCUCAUGGGAGAUUCUUCCAGCUCCAACAGUGUGAAACCAGACAGCAAGAUGGAGGCGGAAAUCGCUGGGUGGAAAUCCUGGUGA